AUGAGCGCUUCGUCGAUCAUCGCACCGAGCACCGGCCACUCCAGCCACACCUUGGCCGAGGCGAGCAAGGCAUCGCGGCCCCGCUGCGCUCAGUGUCACACUUGCCGCCUCAAACGACUGCGUUGUGACGGGGGCGAGCCUGGCUGCAGCAAGUGCGCUGCCCGGGGCGUGGAAUGCCUGGGCUAUGGCGGCCGGCCGGUUCGCUGGGUCCUUCAGCAAUCUUUCGGCCUGCCGCCUGCCGAGAUCGCCGCGAGACCCGAACAGCACCAGGAGCGUGCGGCGAGACCGGCCAAAGGGGGCGCACAGCGCAAGAAACGGGGGCGGCCGAAGCUGGUCCUCAUGCCGCAGCACGGCAAGGCCGACGAACGAGCCGACAAGAGCAUUGCACGCUGCUACGAGCUUCGGCUGCGGUGUCAUCUGCAGAGGCAGAGACCCAAGCCCGACCCUUCUGCAGGCCUGGAUCCCGUUGAUUACCAGAAUCACCGGCGGGCCCUCCACUCUCUUCGCUACUACAACAGCUAUAUGUGCCCUGAUUUGGUUCUCCUCGACUCGGCCACGAAUCCACACAGGGUUGCCCUCGAAAACUGGCGAUGCAUUCCCGAGCUCAUUAUGGGCAUUAUUGUUUCCACGAGCUUGACGCACCAGGCCAUCAGAUGCUAUGCCCAGCAACCGGGACUGGCGUCCAGGUCAGAGCUCAACGGCGGGGCUCUCGGCAUCCACAGACACCACAUGAGUCUGUUGCGGAGCCCUUCGAUGCCCAUCGUCUAUGAGUAUCACCGGCGGACACUCAGGGCCCUCCAGAAACAGCUGGACGACCCCAGCACACGCUAUGAGGGCCCGGUGCUGAGUGCUAUCGCUGUACUCAUGCGAGUCGAGAUUCAGCAGUCGGCAUUCGGCGCCUGGAAUGCCCACCUCGCCGCAGCCCGAACUGUUAUUGCCCGUCGCAGUGGCUUUGGCCGGCUCGCGACCAAGCUGCUCGAGGCCAUCAUUCGUAUCAAUCUGGCCCGUGCGCUGGGCGGCGAGUCUACACCGGGUGUCGUAGAGCUAGACGCCAUGUCUAGCCGGCUGCUGACGAGCAUUGCGUCGUUUGACGCAGCGACCUGGACCCGGAACCACCUGCAAAAGCCUUUCUCGCCAGCUCUUGCGGAUUCGUCGUCUGAGCCGGAAACCACAAAGGAGCCAGUCCCUGAAGAGAGGCUGCGGGCAGAUAAAGGCGAGGCGGUCGGGACGGAACUGGCUGGGGCUCGCGAGGUGGUUCACGAGAUGUGCCAAGACUUGGCCAAGGCGUUUCAGUACGCAGUGAUGCUCUACUGCAUCCGCACAUUGCACGUUGAUCGAAAGCGACGACGCCGGCGUGGUGGGCCAGGACCCAUGGCGUCCCAAGCCACCGCCGUCAUCCGCGAGGGCUUGGUCAUGGACGCGGAGUCGGCGCGGGACUGGGCACUGGCGCGGCUUAUGGAUGCACUACAUCGGCUCUGGGCUCGCGAGGAGGACAGGGCUCGAGGUGCCGCAUGGUGUGGCAAGUUUUCAUUCUGGCCGCUCUUCAUGGCGGGGAUGGAGGCUGGUGCAAGCGCCAGGGACCGAGGGUUCAUCUGCCACGCUCUGCGUCAGCUCUGCUUUUACCUCGGGGACCCAAGCCCGCUCGAUGCCGUGUCAUUCCUACAGCUCGUCUGGCGCAAGACGGCGGGUGGCGCGGGAAGCGAUGCACGAGAACAGCAAAUGUCGUGGGACGAGCGACUUGUGCCCGCGGGCGUGUGA